GCCGACACCUCUCUCCUCCUCCUCCUCUGCCAUCAUUCUUCCUCCAUCCCUCUAUGGACUUCCAUAGAAACCCCCAAAACACCAUCCAAUAAAAACCCUCCACGUCACACUCCAGCUUUGCCACGUGUGAGAGUGGCACACGUGGCGGAUAACCUUUAGUGGAAAGCAUAAAAGCAUUGUAGAAGUUGCAACACCUGACCAUAACCAAACCGAAAAAAGAGAAACUGGUUGAGCCCGGAAAAAACAAUAACAAAACAAAACGUGGAGGAUAAAAAAGAGAGAAGGAUCGCUUAAACGUCUCUCUCUUUCUUUGAAGGCUUCUUUCCCUCUCUUCGUCCCUUGCUCUGUGUCGCCGUAACACAAAAAGGGAAGAGAGAGAAAGAACCACCCCACCCAACAACAGCUUUUGUUCUUCACAAGACAUAGCUUCGUGUGUGUGUUUCUUUUCUUCCUUCCAGCUUGGAAAGACUGAAGUCUCUGUCUUUUUCAGGUUUUGGGGGUGUUGUUGAAGAUGUUGGUAGCUAAUAGCUUUGAUCUAUGGCGAAAGGACGGUUUUUUCUCUGCGGCAGAAGAGGUGCAGGAAUCAGCUGAUAUAAUGGAAUCUGCAUACAGGGCAUGGUUGAGAGAGAAGAGAGAAAGGUCAACUCCUGAGGAAUUAAAUGAACUAUGCAGAGAGCUGCAAACUGCUUUAGGUACCGCAAAAUGGCAGUUGGAAGAAUUUGAUAAAGCCGUCAGGCUAAGCUACCGACAUCACGGUGAUGACAAUACAUCCACUAGGCAUAGGCAGUUUAUUUCUGCCAUUGAAAGCCAAAUUACCCAGGUUGAAGCAGCACUGAGGGAAUCUUACAUUGAGGAAGGUAAGCAACCACUUCGGUGGGUAAACCUUGAUGAAGAAGAGCGAGAUGAUCUGGCUGCCUUUCUAUCUGGAACUUGUCAGACCACACAAAGCACUAACGAUGACUGCAUGGAGGUGAAACAAGCCAAGAAAGAAGAUAAGAUUGUAGAUAUAAACACUUUCCGCAACCGGGAUAUAUCUGCUAGUGAAAAGUCUUCUAAGGAUGUCAUUUCUGUUAACAAGGAUACAGAUUAUGUGAUAGAAAUAAAAGCAGAUGCUGUUUCUAGAAGUAAUGAUGAUGUAGUUUCUCAAACAGAUCGAACAACUAGUACAAGGAAAACAUGGAGUCCACCUAAUUAUGGUGCUUUAAAAAUUGUAAUUGCUGAUGAAGAUGAGCAGAGAGAUAAACCUACACGGACUGUUGAUGCCACCCCUAAAGAAAAAGGAUUCAGAAAUCUAUUUUGGAAACAAAAGUUUGAAGAGUAUCCUCAGGCCAUGCGAGUAGUUCAUAUGUUCAAUCAGCGUUUUGGGCGCAUAGGUAUAUGCCAGAGCCAGAGGCAGUUUCAAAGUCCCUUGCACUUGCGAUAUGGCUGUUCUGUUCAAGUUACACUUGCUCUAAUGUUGACCAUUUUUCUCAUUGUUCCCUUUGUACUUUAUUCAACUUGAGUUAAACGGCUGCUUCACGCAAAGAGGGCUUUACUUGUCUUGGUGUAUCGACAAGGUCACUGAUCAUUUGAGAUCUCAGCCACUGCCUUCAAGAAUUGGUGGGAGAAGUUAUAGCUAAAGGCACAGUGAGUGCCACCUUCUAUUUUGUCGUUGUUGAGAUUAAGAUGAAUUUACCUAUGUGAGUGUGGAUACAGAUAGGAUAACCAACCUCUUCGUCCUACAGGACACCUGUCUAUUUUAGUUUCUCAGCUAUUAAAAUGUACAUACAUUCAUCCAAUAUUUAAUGCAAGUUCCGCUUUAUUUGGUUGCCACACUA